AAGACCUGAACUUCAGAGCUUCUUCACAUCCCAACAUAUCACCUUCUUGUGUACCUGGAGUUUGUUGACCCUCUUUUCACGGUUCCACAGCAGGAAGUGCAGGAAAGGUGGCCAGACAACUGGAACAGAGGGGCUGGGCCACAGUGCCAGAAGCUGCUCCUCCUGCACCCUGAGGGGCCAGGAUAGGGGUUGGCAUUUGUUGGAAGAGUUUGUGAAACCCUCUCCCUGCCCAGAGCUCCGGGACCAAUGCAUCUUUCCACUACCUUAAAGCACUGAGCAGUUCAGAGCCCUAGUUGCAGAAAACUUGUCCUGUCACCACCAUGAGCUCUGAAUGUGACGUUGGUGCUUCUAAAGCCGUGGUGAAUGGGUUGGCCCCAGGCAGCAAUGGGCAGGACAAAGCAACUGCCGACCCUUUACGUGCACGCUCUAUUUCUGCUGUUAAAAUAAUUCCUGUGAAGACAGUGAGAAACUCUUCAGGCCUAGUACUCCCUCCAGACAUGGAUCCUACAAAAAUCUGCACUGGGAAAGGAGCAGUGACUCUCCGGGCCUCGUCUUCUUACAGGGAAAUCCCGAGCAGUGGCCCCGUGAGUCCUCAGGAAACCCCGAAACAUGAAAGCAAACCAGUUCUGGAGUCAGAGAAUUCCUCAGCAGAUGAAUGGAGGCUUUCUUCUAACGCUGAUGCCAAUGGAAACGCCCAACCCUCUUCACUUGCUGCCAAGGGCUACAGAAGUGUGCAUCCCAACCUUCCUUCCGACAAGCCCCAGAUUCUCUCUCCCCUACACCCACUUCUCCCUAAAGAGGACUGCUUUGCAUGGCAGCCCCCCGCCAUCUGUGGUCCCUAUAAGGACUCCCUCUACCGGAGCUCACCAAAGCCUUAUGUCCCACCCGGCACCCCCAGCCAGCAGAAUCCCUCACGACCCCGGCCUGUCUCUGCCCCUCUGGCAGCCAGAUCAGCUCCCAAGGGUGUGAUGCGUCCUGGGCCCUCGCUUCUGGGUUCCACAUUCCCUGGUGCUUCAUCCCAACCUCAGCAUCACUAUGUAGCCAGCAGGACAGUUUAUAGUGAGAAUGUGAGCUCUAACCCACGUCAUGAGGUGGUUGGGAAAAAAAAGGUCAGCAGCUUAUAUGUACCUUGUUUAUCCAAUAACAUUCGCCUGGUGGCAUUGGAAAACUCCUCUUGUGUUGCACGUGAUCCAGCCAAAGGCACUCCCUCUGAAGCUGCAGCCACUCGAGCACCGGCUCCCAGCAUUGUCUCCCGCACAGCCGGCAAGGGAAAGCCACUCUCUGUUCCUCCUCCUGACCCUCCCAAGCUAUUCUUUGACAUCCGUAAAGAUGGUGAGAGUCCUUCCCUGGGGACUCGGCCUUCGUUCCCAGACGCAGUGAGACCACCUGUGCUAGGCCCCCAGGUUACCUCUGAUCCCGAAAACCGGAAGAGAAAAGAACCUUACCUUUUCCAGCCGUGUUAUCCAGCCAAGGAUGCCACUUCCUCCAGCCCAGCCCAGCCUGAGGUAAUAGUUGUCCCUCUCUACCUGGUUAAUACUGACAGAGGGCAAGAAGGCACUACCAGACCUCCAGCAUCUCUGGGGCCACUUGGCCCCCCAGUCCCGGCGACCGCCCCUGCCGGCUCACCUCUGACCUUGCCGACUCUAGAUGAUUUCAUUCCCCCUCGUCUGCAGAGGCGGCCCCACCACAGCCAGCCAGCCAGCACUCCUGGCUCCUUCCCCCCCGUUAGCCAGACACCACCAUCCUUCUCACCACCACCUCCGCUGGUCCCUCCAGUACCGGAGGGCCUCCACAGAGUCUCGGAGCCUGACCUCACGGGAGCUGUUUCAAGUACCGAUUCAAGUCCUCUACUAAAUGAAGUUUCUUCAUCCCAUGUUGGAACUGAUUCCCAAACCUUUGCACCAGUUAGCAAGCCAACAUCUGCCUACCCCUCCACGACAAUUGUCAAUCCCACUAUUGUGCUCUUGCAACACAAUCGAGAACAGCAGAAAAGACUCAGUAGCCUUUCAGAUCCUGUCUCAGAAAGAAGAGUGGGAGAGCAGGCCUCGGUACCAACCCAGGAAAAAGCCACCUCACCUGGCAGGGCUACUGAAAAAAAGGCAAAGGAUGACAGUCGGCGAGUGGUGAAGAGCGCUCAGGACCUGAGCGAUGUUUCCAUGGAUGAAGUGGGCAUUCCACUCCGGAACACCGAGAGAUCAAAAGACUGGUACAAGACUAUGUUUAAACAGAUCCACAAACUGAACAGAGACACUCCUGAAGAAAACCCUUAUUUCCCUACGUACAAAUUCCCUGAACUUCCUGAAAUCCAGCAAAAUUCUGAAGAGGACAAUCCUUACACUCCUACCUACCAGUUUCCUGCAUCUACUCCUAGUCCUAAAUCUGAAGAUGAUGAUUCAGAUCUGUACUCUCCUCGAUACUCCUUUUCUGAAGACACAAAAUCUCCCCUUUCUGUGCCUCGCUCAAAAAGUGAGAUGAGCUACAUUGAUGGUGAGAAGGUAGUUAAGAGGUCGGCCACACUUCCCCUCCCGGCCCGCUCUUCCUCACUAAAAUCAAGCCCAGAAAGAAACGACUGGGAGCCCCCAGAUAAGAAAGUGGAUACAAGAAAAUACCGUGCAGAGCCCAAAAGCAUUUAUGAAUAUCAGCCUGGCAAGUCCUCCGUUCUGACCAACGAAAAGAUGAGUCGGGAUAUAAGCCCAGAAGAGAUAGAUUUAAAGAAUGAACCUUGGUAUAAAUUCUUUUCGGAAUUGGAGUUUGGGAAACCGCCUCCCAAAAAGAUAUGGGAUUAUACUCCUGGAGACUGCUCUAUCCUUCCUAGAGAGGAUAGAAAGACUAACCUAGAAAAAGAUCUCAACCUCUGCCAGACAGAGUUAGAGGCAGAUUUAGAAAAAAUGGAGACGCUUAAUAAAACACCCAGUGCAGAGCUGGCCCAGAGCUCAGCAGUCAGCCCCACUCCGGAAAUUUCUUCAGAGCCUCCUGGAUAUAUAUAUUCUUCCAACUUCCACGCAGUGAAGAGGGAAUCAGAUGGGGCUCCUGGAGAUCUCUCUAGCUUGGAGAACGAGAGGCAGAUCUAUAAAAGCGUCCUGGAAGGUGGAGACAUCCCUCUCCAGGGCCUGAGUGGGCUCAAGCGACCAUCCAGCUCGGCCUCCACUAAAGAUUCAGAAUCACCAAGACAUUUUAUACCAGCUGAUUACUUGGAAUCCACAGAAGAAUUUAUUCGAAGGCGUCAUGAUGAUAAAGAGAAACUUUUAGCGGACCAGAGACGACUUAAACGAGAGCAAGAAGAGGCCGAUAUUGCAGCUCGACGCCACACGGGCGUCAUUCCGACGCACCAUCAGUUUAUCACUAAUGAGCGCUUUGGGGACCUCCUCAAUAUAGACGAUACGGCAAAAAGGAAAUCUGGGUCAGAGAUGAGACCCGCCAGAGCUAAAUUUGACUUUAAAGCUCAGACACUAAAGGAGCUUCCUCUGCAGAAGGGAGACAUCGUUUACAUUUACAAGCAGAUUGAUCAGAACUGGUAUGAGGGAGAGCACCACGGCCGCGUGGGCAUCUUCCCGCGCACCUACAUUGAGCUGCUUCCUCCUGCUGAGAAGGCUCAGCCCAAAAAGUUGACACCAGUGCAGGUUUUGGAAUAUGGAGAAGCUAUUGCUAAGUUUAACUUUAAUGGUGACACACAAGUAGAAAUGUCCUUCAGGAAGGGUGAGAGGAUCAUGCUGCUUCGACAGGUGGAUGAGAACUGGUACGAAGGGAGGAUCCCAGGGACGUCCCGGCAAGGCAUCUUCCCCAUCACCUAUGUGGACGUGAUCAAAAGGCCACUGGUGAAAAACCCUGUGGAUUACAUCGACCUGCCUUUCUCCUCUUCCCCAAGUCGUAGUGCCACUGCAAGCCCACAGUUUCCCAGUCACAGCAAGCUUAUCAUGCGAGCCCCCUCAUCUCUGCCUUACCCCCACCGAGCCCUGUCCCCUGAGAUGCAUGCCGUCACCUCUGAGUGGAUCUCGCUGACUGUAGGGGUCCCAGGCAGGCGUCCUCUGGCCCUGACCCCACCCUUGCCUCCUUUGCCAGAGGCUUCUAUCUAUGACACUGACCACCUCGCCUUGAUGGCAAGGCCCAGUCCCUCCCUGUCCCUCAGCCUACCCCACUCGAGUUGGUCAGAUCGUUCCACCCCACGUUCGAUAGCUUCCCCACUGGCCCUUCCCGCCCCCCACAAAGCCUACUCCCUGGCACCCAGUACUCAGGCCUCCCUUCAUGUCAAUGGAGACAGUGGUAUCCAUAUGCCAACUUCAGGUGUCCGCCAGGAUAGCUUCUCCCAGCCACCGCUUGGGAGCUCUGAUAGGGUCAUCUCAGAGCUUAGCAAUGCCUUUAGCAGCCAGGGUAAGCGGCAGCCAUGGCGGGAAGAGAGCAGAUGGUAUGAGAGGAAAGCAGAGAGGGAGGCAGGUGAGAGAUGCCCUGGUGGACCCAAGAUCUCUAAGAAGAGCUGCUUGAAACCUUCAGACGUGGUCAGGUGCCUGAGCACUGAACAGAGACUCUCAGAUCUCCACACCCCAGAGGAGAGCCGGCCCAGCAAGCCCCUGGGUAGCCCUUUUCCGGGAAGGGAGGCUGAGCAGACAGAGCUGCAUAGAGGUGGCGAGCAGGCUGAGAGGAAGGCUGCUCGGAGUGGUGUGAGCCAGCCUUCUCAUCAUUCAUUGAGAGCAGGACCUGAUCUCACAGAAUCUGAAAAGAGCUAUGUGCAACCUCAAGCCCAGCAGCGAAGAGUCACCCCAGACAGGAGUCAAACCUCACAAGAUUUACUUAGCUACCAAGCACUGUAUAGCUAUAUACCACAGAACGAUGAUGAAUUGGAACUCCGAGAUGGAGAUAUUGUUGAUGUGAUGGAAAAAUGUGAUGAUGGAUGGUUUGUUGGUACUUCAAGAAGGACAAGGCAGUUUGGUACUUUUCCAGGCAACUAUGUAAAGCCUUUGUAUCUAUAAGAAGACUGAAAACCACAGAGAUUAUUUUUAUUGGAGGAUGAAGCAUAAUUCACAAACCGGUCUCUUUAUUUAAACGUUGAGUCAGUAGGAGAACUAAUGGACAAAGUAAGAAGCAAAAGAAAGGACAGAGAAAUGUUGUGUUUAAAUCCUGAGCCUGGCUAAGCUUACUGUGCAUCAGACAGGGCUGAACCAUGUGCUGAGCAAAAAGGAAUGAGGCAAAUCUGUAUUUACUUGGCUGCUUUUGGGAGCCACUCCAGCCUUCCCCUCCUCACCCCUCUUGGGUUAUCUGACCUGCAGCACAGUCCAGGAGCAGUUAGCCCAGAAAUGCCUCUUACUGCCCCAGCCUUGACCAGCUCUGGCUCAAAAGGGUCGGUUAGCCUGAAGCAGCCCUCCCAGCACCAGGCAGAUCCCCAGCUAUUUUCCAAAGGCUGCACACGCAGACUCCUCCAGUCUCUAUCCCCAGCCUCCCCAGAGCCCACUGAAUCCCCAACACUGCUGGAGAUCCAUCUGGGCUGCUGAGGCCAUCCCUAGACAGUGAUGGAGGCCCCCAAACUACACAAGUCAAGUCCCUCACUGGACCUACUGAGGUACAUAGGGAAAUAGAGGCAAAAUUCAGGCGCCCUGUCUAUUCAGCCUGCAUGCGGCAUGGCCAUUGACGCCCCUGGUGUUCAGACAGAAAAGCACACAAGGUUUGCCCAUGGGAGCUGGGUAACCAGGCAGAUAGAUUUGUAUUUCUGAGUGAUUAAGUCAAGAAGUCCGGUAGCUCUUGAGGUCACUUGCAGUGUGCUCCUUUCCCAUAUCACUGGCUUUUAUAAAUGGUCACCUUCAGGGCAGCACAGUUUCAUUGAUCAAAACACCAUUGCUAAUCUUUCUUUUCUGGAUUGUUUUUGGCCAGGAAAGUUUGGGGUUGAUAGGCCUCUUCUCACAGAAAACCACGGAUGGUGUUCAGUGAUUCCUUUAACAUACACUGAUGUACACUGGAUGCCGAUGAGCAAGAUGUGGCUCCAAGCCUUAGAAGACACUCACCGUGUCUCCGUUUUUACUCCCCAAUGGAGUUGAAGGACCAUUCAGAAUGUAGUAAACCAGGGUUGUGCAUCCUGGUGCACCCUCCUGAGGCUUCUCUUCAGAGCAGAAGGUGCAGAUGCAGUGGCCCUAAGUGUGAGGCAGUGAUUCUGCCACUCCCAGGAGAUCUGUCCUUUGUGGGGGGCCAGAUCUGAGGAGGGGAGGCCCCUGUGACGUCUGAGGUGUUCAGUCACAACUCUGUCCAGUUUAAGGAUGUUUAUCAGCCUCUCUGUUAGACCCCUUGGAAAAAUAAAGAUAGAAAUGACCCAUUCCCUGCCUGCUGGGAACUCAGAGGUGAUUGGAGAGACAGACACGCACCAAAAGACUAAAUCAAGAGAGACUGUGAUAUGUGCUAAGAAGGGUGUGAGAGAGGAAGAGAUGAAUUUUCCCUGGAAGGAUCCUAGAAAGAACUGUCAUACUUAUGUCUCUGUUAGGUCACUUUUGAACAAGUAGGGUACUGGAAGAACCUUUGUCUGAGAGUAGUUUAGGGCUGGAAAUACUUGGAACCAUUUCCAUAGUCUUCAAACUCUCAUCCUCCCCACAAAUACACAUCCAAGGUCACAAAUAGGAGUAGUAGUUGUAGGUGGUAGGGUGUGUACAGGAACCCUGGCUGUCUGCACAUAGCUCAGAAUUGCCCCAGGACAGUUAUCCCAAAAUCUGGAGUUUACAUAAGUAGGUAAAGUUUCUCUUCAGUGCCUCUGCCUCAGCUUCUGCUUCCACUACUCAUCUUAGGAUCCCAUCUGCUGCCCAGCCCCUCUCAGUCAGCUACAGUACCCUCACUCUCCCUGUGUUUCUUUCAAAUCCUGCUCUCAGGAAAGAAACUGCCACUGACUCCUUCACACUAAAGUGUAAAUGACUCAUAAGAGGAAUGUGUUACCUCUUCCCGGAGAUAUUUGUUUUUAACUAGGACAGAGCAAAGCCUUCCUUAAUCCCAAGGGGAAAAGGCUGUGGCACUGAUGGUGGGGGUGGGGGUGCAGGUGGGGUGAAGGAGCUUCCUGAGUAGAAAGGGCCUCCUUGAUAUUCCUUAAAUAAGACUCAUAGCUUUGGAAGGUCCACUCCACCAUCCAAGGGCACUGCUUUUUUCUCACUUACUCUCUCUGAGGGACUAUAGUACAAGUGCAUUUGCACGUGCAUUUUGCACGGCAGCAUUUCACCCAUUUUGGAAUGUAAUUCUUGUGUUGGCUAACGUGUUUCCUGUUUUUCUUAGAUGCAAGCUAUUAACAUGAUCUUAUCUAAUAGUUUUUUGAGGGGCGCUUCUUGAUUAAAUAGGUAAUUUUGAACACCUCUUUAAAUACAGCUAGAAAAUAAAACCAAUUUGUAAAGCCACAUUUGCAUAUGAUGCCAGACUCACGUAUUUGUAUAUCUCCAGAAACCCAGGUAUGCCUCACCAAUUUGCCCAUCUUUAAUAAAAUAUGUUAAAAUUUGCAUCAAACUUCAGCUUCCUACAUAUGACAAACAGGGAACAAAGGUUUCCAAUGGCUCUUUUGUCUUCAGACAUUUAGUAAUAUAAAAUACCUAUUUUUAUGCUGAAAUGUUUAUACAGGUUUAUUAAUAGCAAGUGCCAGUAACGGGCGGCAUGCCUUGCAACACAUUUUGAUAUAUUAGCCAUGCUUCUGGGCAAAGGCAGGCCUCAAACUACUUCUCUUUUACAGUCUCUCUGGGAUCGGUAAAAGAAAAAUAUCAUAUGCUUAAGAAGUGGGACUGUAAAUAUGUAUAUUUAACUUUGUAUAGCCCAUGUACCUACUUUGUAUAGAAAAAUAAUUUUAAAAAUUUGAACUGAAGGGGGGUAAAAUAAGGAAGUCAUGAAGUUUUUUGCAUUUUUAUUUAAAUGAAGGAAUUCCAAAUAACUCACCUGCAGAUUUUUAGCACAAAAAUAGCCAUGGAAAAGUGUUAAAAUUUUAAAUAAUCAUUCUUUCUGGGAGAGAAGGUAACUGUUAUCUCAGUUAUAGUUUUUCUUUUGUUUUUGAUUUUUCUUUUUUUUGCAGUCAUAUUUAUCUGCAGUAAUAGUAAGCCUUAUUGCUAGAACAGGUUACUACAAAAAGGAUUAUAUUCUGAAAGAAAAAUAACUGACAUUCUAUAUAACCAAUUAAUUUAAAGUAUUGCCAUUUAAAUUACACACCAAGAGCAUGUACUAUGCAGACACAGAUUUUUUUCUGUUCAUUUAUUUUUCUUUAUUGCAGUGGAUUGAUUUGAUAAUUAGAUGUGUUGAAUUACUACAUUUGCUGUACAUAUUAUUUAAUAAACUUUAUUCGGAAUUGUGUGGCA